AUGGGGCAGCGUACCACGCGCACCACCAUCCCGGGGCUGCCCGGCGUAGCAUUAAUAUCAAACAAACAAGACAAGGGCACGACCUUCGCGCUGGAAGUCAAAAGAGACGACUGCGUCGACUUCACGCUUGACCUGAGCGGGAGCGACUGCGAAGUCGUCGAUGCCGACGGCGCGCGAGUCCUGCGCGCCAUAUCAACACGCGGCACGACGGUGCUCGGCGCUGCCGUCGGGCCGACGCUGCGCCCGCGCUUCGAGUACGCCGUACAUCAGCUGCGGCCUCGCUCGCCGCAGACCGUGGUCGAGGACGUCGUCGAGCAGGGCCGCCACGACAACUGCUGGCUGCUCGCUGGUUUGAUAGCGGUCGGGCCGCGCGAUCGCCUCUGCGUCGGCGGCCUCUGGACCACGACGACGCUCGCUCCGGACCGGGCGCUCGCCGGAGCGACGCGUCGGGGCCACGCACACGACGCCUUAUCGGUGCUGACGGGCUGCCCCGUCGACGUGGUCCGCUCCGGCGAACGCGACGCGGAGGCGCUCUGGUCCUGGGUGGCCGAGGCGGUGCGACGCAAGGACCCCGUCGUCGUUUCCACGCGACGCGUCGACGACACGAGCCUCGCGCCGGGCCACGCCUACGCGGUCGUCGACGGCCGCUCGCUCAACGGCGAGCGCUACUGCCGGCUCCGCGACCCGCGCGGCGGCCGGCCGGCGACGGCCGCCGGCGCGGCGCUCGCGGGCGACGCGCCCCUCGCGCGCGGCGAGCUCUGGGUGCCGUUCUCCGAGCUCUUUGCCGCGCACUCAGCUGUCAGUUUGGCACGUCUGUCGUCGCCGCGCGGCGCGCCGUGGCGCGUGGCACGCACGCGGGCAGCGCUUGCCGGCGGCGGACCGACUACUAAAGCGCUCCGCGUCGAGUGCGACCGAGCGGCACUUUUGCGCUGCGCCGUCCACCAGGAGGAGGACCUUACUGACCUCGGAGUAGCCGUGCUUGAUCUCUCGACGGACGCAAUCGUGGCGGCUACGGUCGCCGGCAAGGCGCGGACCGCGGACGUCGGCGUCACCGUUGGCCCUGGCGUAUACGCCGUCGUGCCGACGGGCGGCCGCUUCCUCCCGAAGGACGGGCGCCAAAAGGUGGGCCUGGUCGUCCAUUCAGAUGUCGCCGUCAAAGCCAGCGCCGCGCCGGCCCCUGCCGCUGGCUUGACCAGCGUUUUGUAUGCGGGUGUGACACACCACCUCGACGGCCCGGGGCGCCUCGUCGUCGCGCAGUCCCGCAGCGGCGUCGAGGCUGUCGUCGAAAACACCGACGCGGCGCGAACGUUGGACCUCCGCCUCGACGGGACGGGCUCCGUGAAUCUGGAGGGCCACGCCGGCGCGAUGACUGUUGCCGUGUCAGUGGAACCGGGCGCUGUCGCCCACGUCCUCUCCGCCGCGCCCGUCCAAGCGCAUGCCGCCUGGACCUGGGACGCGACGUGGUGCGCGAGCUGGAGUUAA